GUUUUUUAAUUGACUAUCAUGGAGUUACAAGUGCUGCCUCUGCCCAUUUUGCUGCUAAUGCUCGGCCUGAUAUCAACCAGUCAGGCCAACAAACCACGCCUCACCAUCGACAAUAACUACAAAAAUAUGUUGGUUCGCCUAGCCGUAGGUCCAGCUGGAAAGCGUGGUGAAGUGCAAAAAUUGCGAGCUGGCCGCGUCGAGGUUAGCUUUGAUUUUGGGGCCUCAUGGGGCACCAUUUGCAGUACCGGCUGGAGCAUGCGGGAGGCGAAUGUGGUAUGCCGUCAAUUAGGAUUGGGCUAUGCCUCCAGGGCCACACAAAACACAGAGUAUGGCGAUAGCAAAAAUCAUCCCUGGGCAAUGGUGGGAACACUUUGCCGUGGUACAGAGCGACGUCUGGCUGACUGCUUCCGUGAAUCGCGUUAUCCGCAAAUUUGCAAUGCCCCUAACAAAAAUAUUAGCAUCGUCACCUGCGUGAGUAAGUCCCCAGAUUUGGAAAUCGGCUUGAGGGACAUCGAGAGAAGUGCUCGACUCGAGUCCGUUCCCAUGACGCGCUUGACUUGUGCCAUGGAAGAGAAUUGCCUAUCGGCCGAUGCUUAUGUGAUACGACAAACCCAACCUAAGGCCGAGCGCAUUCUGCUGCGCUUCUCCGUUAAGGCCAUGAAUGUGGGCACUGCAGAUGUGAGUCCUUAUGCCAAUUACAGGGACUGGACGUGGCAUCAGUGCCACAGACACUAUCACAGUAUGAAUGUCUUUGCCACCUUCGAUGUGUAUGACUUGAGGUACAGGAAAGUUGCCCAGGGUCACAAGGCCUCCUUCUGCCUGAUGGACUCGGAGUGCAAUGCAGGUGUGGCCAGGAAAUACACCUGUGGCAACACCACCCAAGGUAUCUCUGUUGGUUGUGCGGACACCUAUACCGAUGUCCUAGACUGUCAGUGGGUCGAUGUGACCAGAAUUCCGGUCAAUAGGCGUUAUAUUUUGCGUGUAGCCUUGAAUCCGGAAUAUAAAUUGGGCGAGAGAUCCUUUGAGAAUAAUGGAGCCGAGUGCAUACUCGAUUAUACGGGAGUUCAUGGAACUACCAGGAUAUCCAGAUGCAAAAGAUCGCCAUUGUGGUUUAGAAUUUAGUUAACACCGUCACCACCGUCAAUGUGAUUAAAUCACAUUUCUAAAUACAUGUUGCAUACUUUUGGGCGGCCCUAGUAAUAAUUACUCUUAAUUUAAGUCAACUUUUAGUUAAUAUUUCACGAUUUCUCUUUGAUUUUCAAAUCAUACAAUUUUAAAGAAAGAAACUUUUGCCAUCAAUUUGGGGAUAAUUUAGAGACUGUGGGCUUGGAUGAGGAAAUCUUCUAACUUCUUAAAAAAAGGAUCCUCUUUAUAUUUUAAAGACUUGAGUUAAAUUACAACUAAACACCCGCUAAUUGAUGGAUAUAUAUAAAUGGCAUUAAAGAUUUGAAAUACACUUUUCUUUCUGUAGUUAAAUAUAUUUAUUGUUUGUU